GCGGUUGCCACGGGAACAGCAUCCCCAGGCAUCAGUGAUUCCCCACUGAAUCAUGUCUUUCCCCCCUCCAUUCCUUUGUGGAAAGACCAUGGGGUUCAUUCUGAAGCUGCAGCCUAGCUAUUAGUUUUUACGUGUCUGCCUGUCUCUUUGGGGUAACUGUCCUCAAAUCCCCCACCUUCACCAAGGCGUCUCCUUCCUUAUUUCAGGCCGAGCCGUUUCUUACUCCUGAACUUCUCAAGAUGGCAGCCGAAAAAUUGAAAAACCACAAGAUCAUUUUCGUCGUCGGUGGGCCCGGCUCAGGCAAGGGGACCCAGUGUGAGAGGAUUGUCCAGAAGUACGGCUACACGCACCUGUCCACUGGCGACCUGCUGAGGACGGAGGUUGGCUCGGGCUCGGAGAGGGGGAAGAAGUUGUCGGCCAUCAUGGAGAAAGGAGAGCUGGUCCCAUUGGAAACGGUCCUCGACAUGCUGAGGGACGCCAUGCUGGCCAAGGCCGACACCUCCAAGGGUUUCUUGAUCGACGGCUACCCCCGGGAGGUGAAGCAGGGCGAGGAGUUUGAGAAGAAGAUCGCACCCCCCUCAUUGGUCCUGUACAUAGACGCUGGGAAAGACACCAUGGUGAAGCGGUUGCUAAAGCGGGGUGAAACGAGCGGGCGGGUGGACGACAACGAAGAGACCAUCAAGAAGCGGCUGGAGACCUACUACAAGGCCACGGAGCCCGUCAUCGACUGCUACGAGAAAAGGGGAAUCGUCCGCAAGAUCAACGCGGAAGGCUCCGUGGAUGCCGUUUUCCAGCAAGUCUGCACUCAGCUGGACGCCUUGAAGUGAAUCCUUGAAAGGGAGGUCGCUCAGCGUUUCUCCGUCCCCACCCGCUCCUCUGUCUCUCUUCUCCCCUUGACAUCUUCUGAUCUGCUCCGUGGCCCACUUCGGAUCUCGGCAGAAGCGCCCUCCCGGCCAGGAGCGUUGGCACACCCACCCACACGUACCCACGCACACUCCGCCUCACCGUCUGGUCUCGUCUCCGAUUCCAUCUUCCAAAGCCGUGACACCGGAAGGGGCUCCAUCCUGUUUUCGUGGACAGAGGCCCGUGUGGAGGAAGUUUAGAGCGCCUUGCGUUUGGCUCGCACAUUCUCCUGUCCAAAGUAAAAUUCGCUUUCAUGAGCUGAGAUUUUUUUUCCCUCUCCUCUCCUUACCCCCCCUCCCGCACUGCUCCCAAUGCUUCUCCUGCAACAGGAAAAAAAAA